AUGGCCAGCGAAUCUCGACAAUACGAGCUGGUUCUGCUCGGAGCAACUGGUUACACGGGCAGGCUUACGGCGGAGCAUAUCACCACUCACUUGCCAACCGACCUUAAAUGGGCCAUCUCCGGGCGCAAUGGGACGAAGCUCACCCAAUGUGCCGAGGAAUUGAGGAAGUUGAACCCAGAUAGAUCUCAGCCUGGUAUCGAAAUCCUUGAACUCAAUAAUGAGGAGCUUGAUACUCUUGUUAGGAAGACCCGCCUAGUUAUUACCACAGUUGGUCCAUUCAUGCAGUACGGCACGCCGGUUGUAGAGGCGUGUGCGAAGAAUGGCACUCACUACGUUGACUGCACAGGCGAAGUCCCGUGGGUAUUUGACAUGAUUAGCAAAUAUCAUGACAUGGCACAAGCCAGUGGUGCGAUUAUGAUCCCUCAAUCAGGAUUCGAUAGUGCUCCAGCCGAUCUCAUCGCCUUCGUUGUAGCCACGCAUCUGCGCCGCACCCUCAACGUGUCAACGGCCGAAGUGCUCACAUCUGUCGACGUGAGAUCAAACCCCUCAGGCGGCUCACUCUUGACAGCACUUUCCAUGUUCGACUUCUACAGUUCCUCUCAAAUUGCCGAUUCCUACAAACCAUUUGCUCUCUCGCCCGUCCAACCACCUGUAUCCAGCGCUCCGCCCUCUCAAAGCUUCAGGACAAAUUUCUUCGGUACUCGAUAUGAUAGAGAACUCGGAUUCCUUGCCGACUGGUACCAAUCAGCCAUGGAUACCGCUGUUGUGCAAAGGAGUUGGGGUUUGCUUGCCGGAGGGGAGGCAUACGGCCCAAACUUUAGGUUUGGGGAGUGGAUGGCUGCCAAGAGCAGCUUUCAUGCAACUAUGGUCCACCUUAAAAUGGCAUCUGACUUUGAAAUCAGGGCAGCCAAGAACGAUUAUGCCCAUUUUAGGGCAGUUGGCGUCGCGGACAGUCCAAAUCACGAGCGCGUUGUUGCGACCUUGAAGGUGAAGGGCAGUUUGUAUUCCUUUACUGGGCUGGCUAUUGCAGAGGCUGCGAUGGUAAUUUUGCGCGGUGGUGAAACAGAGGCGAAGAAGUUGGGAGGAGGCAUCUUGACACCAGCGACUCUAGGUGACGAAUAUGUGGAGAGGCUCAGGGCGGUCGGUGUCGAGUUCGACGUCAAGAUUCUAUGA